AUGGAUUCACCUGGUGGGUAUCAGCUAAUUGGGAGAACAGUGCCAGUCUGGGAUCGUUGGGUCGCUACUAAGGGAAAGGAAAGGAUGUGGAUGUUCAAGGUUAUUGACCGGAUCUGCUUUUACCCCGUUUCAGAGGAGACUCUAGACGACGCCAGAGAAUUCAAGACAACCGACAGUCUCGUCAAGAUUGAAGAGGGGGAGCUCAAUCUGACGGAAUAUGAGGUAUGGAUCGAGGAGACUUCCAAGGAGGACGCGGAACCGGGAAGAUUGAGGUUAGAGACUUUGAAGGAGAGUGGAUUAGUCGAUGAGCUAAAGCCGUCAUAUCAAAUGGGUAGUAGCCAAGAUGAGAGAAAAGACGAAGACGAGAUUUUGAAUGACACCGAAAUGAUCGUGCGAGCGGACAUCGCUGGGUGGUGUUGGCAACGUAAUGUCGAGGAGGGGAAUAUGGUCGAAGCCGUGCAGGAAUUGAUCUCCAUCGAAAGUAUGAAAAUGGAGAUUAAGAUACUCGCACCGAUGAGCAGGAGGGUCGUUAGGCGAAAUCGGUCAGACGCCUGA